GCGGGAGGAAAAUGGAUGUAAAUAUUCCGCUGGGACUUUAAGAAUAAAAGUACAAUUCUAGCUUGACUGCGGAUUAUCUAAACCACAAACCCAACAACUGUCAUCUCAUUUUCAUUCGAUGCAUUAUUUAUCUAUAUUGUAUUAUAUCUGUAUUUUUAGAGAGGGCAACAUUCAUUACUGCGUCGCAGGAGGAUGAAUCUUAUGAGGGUGAAUGGUUAAUGGAUUUUUUUCCCGAGUACACUCGAACGCGCCUCGCUUGGACAAUUCUUUGGGCGGGAUAUAUAAAUUAUUGCCAACUCCCCACAAAUGAUGCUAACUUUGAGUCAAAUUGUACGUUUUUACAGUCACGUUUGUUUGUCACGAUAAAGUUCAUCAUGUUUAUGGACAUGUUCGACUACCUCUAAACUCAAGAAAGAGUUGAAACAAUGAAUCACACGGUGAACAUCAAAGAAUUGAUGAGCAAGCAACCAACAAGAAGCAGAAAUGCAUCUUCGUGUGGAGGCACCAAUUUUACAGAUUCUCAGUUUUUCUUUGGCUCUCAGUUUUGGCGAGACAAUUCCCAAGGCUUGUCUCAGGAAAUGAGUUUGUCCUCCAGGAACUCCCAACAAAGUUCCCAAGAAGCAAGUGACCCAAAGAGUGUGACCAGUUAUUCUUCCAAACCUCUCCUAUUUGGAGACCCGAAGGACAAACACCAAGUGAUUGGACUUCUUGAUAAAUUUGCGGAGGAGAAGAAACAAGCUAAAGAAAAAGAUGACAGUAAUGUUCUUCUAAAAGAAUGUCUUCACAUUCGAGAAACACUCAACAAAAUCCAGCAACUAGUUGUUGGCAUUGAAGAAAAAUCAUCUGAAUGCCAAACGGUCCUCCAAAAGUUAAACACUCUGUCCUCAACAUUGCAAAAUAUAAGCAGCAUUCAGAGCGACAUUUCGCAACAGUUUGAGGCAUUGUUGAACACAGUGAACUCCCAGAAGGAGAUGAUGACAGAACUAGGAGAACGAGUGCAAAAGAAUGAAGUCGCCAGCAUAGAACGUGAAUCAAAUGUGCAAAGUGAUGUAGAGCAUUUGAGGAAGGAGUCGGAAAAAGCCAGUGUGAAUACUAAAAGCAUGCUUGAGGAGGCCCUGUGUCUGCUCAAUACAUUAGUUUCUGAGCAUUCAGCCAAGCUCUGUCCUGGUAAAGUGACUGACACAGCUAUGCAGACGUCACCAGGACAGGACGAAGGGGUCCCACUGACACCUAAUUCCCUUCCGUUGCACAACCAAGUUCCCGCUGUGGAUUUGGGAAUAAGGAAAUCCAGGUCAAAAGUUUUCCGAAGGCACAAAAAGAGACCUCUGGUGCUCCCCCAGAAAUCCAAUCUCACUGUCUCUGAUGAAAACGUUCAACCUCUCACCAAUGGUACAAGAUCAACUGAAGCUGCUGGAUGUUUCAUCACACCUCUCAGCUGCUGGUCUCAGGAGAGUAACAGCUCUGACAGCAUCAAAGUAGUCAAUCCUAUCUUAAAGAAGGUGAUUACUGAGUCCUAUGCAGGAACCACCAUGACUACUGAUGCUCUCUGGCAAUUGUUUGACAUGGGUAAUGACUAAGAUAGUUUUUUUUAAUGCAUAUACAAUAUGAUACAAGAGCUUGUAUUUUACCUCAUUGUAUUGGAGUUAUUAAGUUUAAGAAUAAUGUUGGUUGAAGAGGAAGCAAUGCAUGCAAGACAGAACUCUUGACAAUCUGCUCUAGUUCAAAUUUAAUUUAAAGUGUUUGUGUCCAAUUUUGUAUUCGCGCAGUUGACUAGCAAGUAAAAAAAAACAAAAAACAACCUGU